AGAAUGCGCUAACUAGGUGCGCAGAAAAAAUAUUACCGCCGAGAAAGAAAAAAAUGUUCCGUACAAAACCUCGGAAUGCUCCAAAUAAGAGCUCUGUUUUCCUUUCACAUGAGCACUGGCAAUAUUCUGGAAACGGAUACAAACGCCUUAGCCAGGUACCGAAGCAUGUUCUAGAGAGUGUCAGUGAUAAUGAUAUACCACUCACAGUUACCAAACUGGACGAAGGAAGCCUCGACCCUGAUUGUGAUAAAGAACAGUUUUUUCAAGACUUGAAGGUGAUCCUUGGAAAAUUGAUGAACUUUGAGUCGCGACGAGGUCAAGAUGAAUCUGGGGCUGAUGAUGAACAGAAUAAAUACGCAGUCAGCUUGUAUAAAAAUGGUGGAGUAGAUGUGCUUGUCAGAAUUUUGAUGUUUCCCUCCCUCUUUCCUCCAUUCACAAAAUACAGACGAGAAUCAGAUAAAGACCUAAGAAUCAAAGCUAUGGUGCUAGAAAUUCUCACCAAAAUGACACCAACUACUGUUGGAGAACAGGUGACCACAUACUUGAUGGAGCAGGAAGAUGUCCUCAGCUAUAUGUUCACGUUGUUAGCACACCAGAAAACUUUCAUUAUAGCCUGCCAGUUAAUAGAAGACAUGUUACAGUCAAAGAAAAUACUCCUAGAUCUGAACAAAAUUAAUAAUAUACAAACAUUGAUACAGUGUCUAAAGGAUGAUCAGCUUGCCAACUUUUGUAGAAUUCUCGCAGUAGCAAUCUCAGACCUCGAUAUAUAUGACAACAAAUCAUCAUUAUUUGCACAGAAUAAACAGAAAAGAAGUAAAGGGUUUGUAAAUGUACGAGACAUAAACCAGGAAUUGUUGUUGGCUAUACCAGAACUCUUACCUAGACUUGUCAAUCUGGCUGUGUCCAAAGCUUAUACUCCACGGUUCCCGGGUAUGGUAAGUGAGUUAGAUUGUUGGAUGGAAUGGAUUGAGAACCAGAUGGCAGAGGAACCGUAUGACAAUCCUCUAGAUGACGAAAUGGAAGAUUUUAUUGGAGGUAUAACUGCACCAACUACAGCAGAGAGUCCUAUGCAGAAACAACAAGGUCUAACAAUAACAGAGGAGCUUGUACAAAGAGUAGAAGUUGUUUACGUACUAGGUCUGUUCUUGCUUGGAAAACACAGAAAAAAGGUACAACGAAAGUUAGCAGAGUUAAAGCUUGCCCCAGGGCUCAGUGAAUUGUUUGACCAAUUUAUAUGGAAAUGUCAAGUAGGUAGAUACACAAAUAGACAUAGGAUGAGAGGACAUAAUGCAGCCUGUGAAUGUAGUCCAGAGGUUGCCUUGAAGAUUCAGUUCCUACGAUUAGUCCAUAGCUUCUGUGAUCAUUCAGACUACAAACAUUUACUGUUGUCAAAGAGUGAACUUAGUGAAGUGAAACGAAUAAAUGCCAAAGCUGGGUCACUACAACUGCCAAAUCUAGACAAUGUUAACAGACAAUUAAUGUGUAGAGGAAACAAAGGUCUGUUAACAAAGAUUGUAGAAGUGAUGAAGAAGGAACCAACUACUUCCACAUUCAGGUUUUGGUUGGCGAGAGCUGUAGAAAGUUACCUGAGAGGUAACACAUCAUACUGUGAUCAGGUGUUCCUCAUGAGAAGGGGACUUCUUCAGCAUGUGGCUUCCAACAUAGUGGAACAUGAGAUUCGGCACAAGGAGAUCUUACAGAGCAGUUUUGACCUGCUCGGUGAACUAGUCAAAUUCAACAUCGAGGCUUUCAGAACAUUCGACAAUAUUCUUACUACGUCAGAAAAGUUUGACAAAUUCAUCACAACCGUCAACAGAAAUCUGGUAGAUUCCAACAUGUUUAUCCGCAGUCUUAUUUUAUCACUGGAGCAUUUUCGGGCAGAGGAUGAAGCUAUCAGUGGUCCGACAAAAAACAACACUGAUUAUGUACGCAAGGACAGUCGAUUAUUGAUGUAUAUCGGAGACUUCAGCCGACAACUUGACUACCUGUAUAAACUUAUCACAAUCAUUGAUGUUCAGAACCUGACACAGGAGAAUGUAAGCUGUCUCAACACGACGCUGGUGUUCCUUAUGUUUGCCAACAGAAAACAUCAGUUAGGAAGAUACCUACAGGCAUUGAAGGAUGAAAAGGAAGGCAUGUUGGAGGUGAAUGGUUCGGUACAGUUCAUGACAAAUUUCCGAGAUCUGUUACUCUUCUGGCAAGACCAUUACCUGCACAAAGACAAGGACUGCAGUGCCUUAGAAAAGAGUUCGAGAAUAAGUUUUGACUACUGGAAACAGACUGUAGCUACGCUGGUUUCUGAUGACCAGGAUAACGAAUGUGCUAUUGUACAUUAUUGUGUACGCCCGCCCUGUGAACGGACUAUUUAGUGUAUAAAUUAAACAUUCUGUGUACAUAGCAUGAAUUUUCACUGGAUUGAAAACUGUAUAGGAUUGAAAAAGAAUAUGUAUAGAUGUGUCCCAGCAUGAAAUGCUUGGUUCAAUACCUUGAUGGGAUAAGUUAUUGUGUUUCAGUACCUUGACAGGAUAAGUUAUUGUGCUAAUUAAUUUAAUUUGGUCAGUGCUUUGUAAAUAUGUAAAGGUCACAGGAACUUAUUUCCACUAUGCAUGACACAUCAGUGUUUCAAUGGAGGAGGAGAAAAAAGGCAGUUCGAUAGAAGGUUAUAACAACAGUGAUUGGAAAAUUUCUUCAGUGGAAAUUUCAGUACUGUUUUAGUCAAAAAGGGAUGUGGUAUAAAGGAUAUCAUGCAUGCUUUAAGCACUGUAGUGAAAAUAUUUAAGUUGCGAAAUAUCUUUUGUUGCAUUACUUGUAUUAUAGAUUUUGUAAUAAGCCUAUUUGCCAAACAGUGUUCAUUCAAUGAAUGGCAUUCAUAUUAACAAAAUAUCCAGAAAAAACAACUCUCUUUGGUUGUCAGUUUCUGUGUGUGUAAAAAGACAUGAUGCUCAAUAUUAGGUGAAAAUGCAGACUAGGCAUGUUUUGAGCAGUGUUCUUAGACUGUAAUUUGAAAAUGUAAUUGAUUACAUUUUGCUUAGUUAAUGUGAUUGUGAUUAAUAUAUGAUUACUUUAGUAUUCUGCACUUAUAAAAACAGGACUCCCUCAGUCAGUAUUGGAAUAUUAUUGUGGAAGGAUUGAAGAACUGUAGAAUGUACCUGUGAUAUAUCCUGAAAAUAAAGAUUUGCUAAUUUAGACAUACCAGUCAACAGAUAGGCUUCUUUACAAGUUUCGGUAAUUCUGCUGCAUUGGGAGUAAAAGGGAUUUCCCUUAUAGCUUGAUUUGUAGGGUGCAUGUACUGUGUCUUUCAAAAGAAAUUUAUACUACUAUAGAAUGGGUUAUUUUUAGCAUUGGCUGUAUUUAAUAAUUUCAUGGUAAGAAGCAGGGAGUGGGGUGGGGGGAGGGCGCUAUAGGCAAGUGGUUAAGGUUGCUGACUUCAGAUCACUUGCCAUUCACCAAUGUGGGUUUGAGCUUCUAGGGGCAUUGAACUGUUCAUGUCAGGAAGCCAUCUAGCUGGCUUACGGUAGUUUGGUGGCUCUACUUCAGUGCCUGCCCGUGAUAUGAAUUAAUGCAAGAAGGGGCACCUGGCGUCUUCCUCCACCAUCAAAAGCUGGAAAGUCGCCAUAUGAACUAAAUUGUGUCGGUGUGAUGUUAAACCCAACGAAAUCAAACAAAGUCACUCAGAAUAGUUGUGAACAUUCACUAUUUAAGAUAAAACCAUUACAAAUGUUACCCAGUCUGCAGUAUAUAAUGCAAUAAGUAUUAAAGAUGCAUUUUUUUCUCCAAAAAAAUGUGAACUUUGCAACUACUGCCACAUUAUUAUGUUGUGAAAAUAAUUUUGUAUUGUUAAAUUGAAAACUUUGCAGUGUAUCAGUGUUUGAAAUGAUACUCUAGUGCAUGGGUAUUGAAGAAAUGAGUAAAUCAAUUUUCUCUUGAUAGUCAUGCUCUUAUUAUAAGGCCUUGUCACAGUGCAUUGUCAAGAUAAAUGUAUUGUUUUUGUCUAAGCUAGCUUCUCGAUUUCCAACACCUUUCUUAUGAAAUUGUAAAACCUGUAAUAUAUGGUUGCAUGUGUGAAUUAAAACCCUGUUGUAUUAUGUAGGUAACAACAACAGUAUUCCCUGAAUUCUUAUUAACUUUACCAUUUUAAAAUAGAUCAUUAACAUUUAUGUUUGUAUUUUCAUGUGUUUAAUGUUGAAACCCUGUCUUAUUACUUGAUUAGCACAUUACUGAUGCUCUGAAUAUAACUUAAUUAAUAUUCUAGAUAUAACUUCGCAUACAAAAUGAGAUAUGUGAUUUUUUUCUACUGAGGGAAUUUUUUUCUGAUUGCCUGUCCAAAAUCGUGUCCUGAUUAUUUGCACUGGCCUUGUUUCAUACUGGCGGUUUGAUUUUUGUAAUUAUUUUUUUGUUCUUUAGUCAGAUGAUUCUGAAACUGGUCAUUGUCUUUGAUUUAAAAGUGCACCUGUUGAACAGGUCUGUGAUGGUAUGCAAAUAAAUGUAGUUUUUAUUUGAUUUUUUUUCUGUUAAAUGAAAAGUGCUAUUUUAAUGUUUUUAGUUUGUCUAAAAGCUGUGUUGAUAAUAAAUUAUAUCAGGUGUUUAUUGUGCAACAGUUUUGUCUUGCUUUGUGCAUCUCUUACAAGGGGAUUGGUGUGAUUAAUUGAAAAUAAUUGGUUUCAUAUUAUAUAUGAUUUAAAGUUUUGUAAAAAGUUAAGCACAUUCGAGCUAGGCUGAGCUGUAAGACUAAGUGUAGGGGAGUACUCACAUUAAAGUUUUUAUACAAAUGACUUUUUUCUUGUGAACCAUUUGAUGGGUCCUUAUCAAAUAUGAUUAGUAGUGUCCUUGCAUGUACAUUUUGGAUUUGCUCAAGUGGCUCCACUACAUUGUGCACACAUAGGUCAACUGACUCGGGUGAGUGAUCAAGGACUCUGGUACAUGUAUAUGGUUAAAGUUUGUCUUUGUUGUACAGUAAACAUGACAAAAUUAUCUUGUAGUAUUAAAUGAAGUGCCAUUUUCUUGUAUAUUUCAGUAUGGAAUUAAGAUAAAAAGAUUGAUGUUUGUUUAAAUCAAAGAUGUGAUGUACUAUUUUUUGCAUUUAUCUCUAGUUGGUCUAAUUUUUAAAUACAAAAGUUACAUACAUGUUAAUGUGAGAUUUAUAAUGAAAGACAUUUACAUGAUAAAUGAUACUAAUAUGAAAAAUGAAUUUAGAUUUAGAAGUUACAUAUUUCAUAAAUUUUUCAGUCAGUAAAACACUUCUUUCAUAGAAUUUUGUACAAACACAUGUUAAUACUUAAUAUUUUAAUGAAUAUAAAUUGUGCCACAUUUUCUCUAAAUCUAUAUUUAAAAAAAAAAAAGUUACGCAUAUUUAAGUUUUUCCAGUAUAAAAUUUGUGUUGUCAUAACAAUGUGUAGGUAAAAUGGAUGAAAUUUGGUGGAAACUGUUGAAAAGAAAAAUAAUUUGUUUUACACAUUACAUCCAAAUAUGAUUCCCAUAUGAACACCAGGUUUUUUAUUUUCACUUGUUGAAAUAUUUCAUCUGGUAUUCACUUGGUAUAAGGUACUUGGAUUUUACUCCCAAACAAAUAAAUACAUGUAGCUCUUCAUUGUAAAAAUAAUGAGCAAGGAGUAUUGUAUAGAAUAGUUCUUGUAGGUAGACUUGCAAUCAGAAUCGUGGCUGGUAUUCAACAAUAUUUGAAAUCUGAAACUUAGAUUUUAAAUUGCUUAAUUAACUCAUCUGAGUUUUGAAAAAAAAAUCUAUGAGGUAUCUUCCUCACUUGAUCGUUGGCGUUGGUUAAAAUUGUUUGUUUAGUUUUGCCUUUUCUCAAAAUCUAUUAGAGCUAUAACUUUGAAACUUUGCACACUUGUUUAUCAUUAUUAGAUGACAAUGUAGGCCUAGAACCAUGACUCUAAUAUGCAUUUUGUCAGAAUUAUAGCCCUUUAUGUUCUCAGAAAAUUUGAUUUUCUUGGUUAAGAUUUUUGUUUAGGUCCACUUUUCCAAAAAAAACUAUAAGAGUUACAGCUUUGAAAGUUUGGACACUUGUUUAUCAACAUUAGAUGAGUAAGUAGACCAAAAACCAUGACGCUAGCCUGCAUUUUGUCAUGAUUAAUGGCCAUUUUUGUACUUAGAAAAUCAGUAUUUCUUGGCUAUUUUUUGUUUAAAGUUCACUUUUCUUGAAUACUUUCUAUAGCUUUUAGUAGGAAGGCCAAUAACUAUAACUCUGUUAUUACUGUCCAGCACUUGCAGACAAGCGAUGGCACCCGCAGGUAUUGUUCUUGUUUCAUUUUGCUCUGGCGUUGCCAAAUAAAUGAAAAUCAAGGAAACUUUGCAGGAUUAGACAAUCUUGAAGUUUCAGACUUUAAACAUUGAUGAAUAUGGCAGUAGUAGUUCUGUUUUAUUACCUUUUUACAUUUAAUUUGUGUAACUUUGUGAAGCUGACAAUAGUUAUUUUAUAUUUAAUUUACUGUUAGUUCAUUUGAGAACAUACAAGGAAUUGGAAAUAACCAUGCAAUAUUAUUACAUGGCCUAUACUGUGCUAUUUUUAGAACUUACACGUCUUUUUGUCUCAUUACACAAGUAUAUAGUUUGAUCAUUUAUGUAUAUAGUUUGUAUAUAGAAAACAUGUACAUAUUGUAUAUAAUUUAUUACCAAAAAAUCAUGAAUGAAAUAUAACUGGCCAUGGAGUAAAAUUAAUUUUCCAAACGUCUCAGUUUUAUGCAUAUUUAGUUUCCAUAAUGCUCGCAGUGUGUACAUUUAGUUUCCAUAGUGCUCGCAGUGUGUACAUAUAUAUAUAUAUGCAUUUAUAUAUGUUGCUUGUGUGCUCACUUGUGAAUACAUUUUAUCAAUGAUUAUCAUUCAAAUUUCUUUUUCUUCAACUAAAGUUAUGCUCAUUCUAUGUAAACUUUCAGUUUCUUUUGUAAAUUCAUAUUUUUUUAUUUACAUAAUCUGAAGAAUAAGUUUGUUUGUGGCAUUAUAAUAGAAUCUCGGUUUAAAUUAAGAUUUGUUCUUAAAAUGGAUGAAUAUAAUUAGAUGUAAUAAUAAUGCAAAUACAGAUGUUAUAAAUCCCAGUGAUUAAGAUACAAAAUUUAGAGAAAUUUUUUUGGCAAAUCAGUGUUUCAGCAAAUAAAUGUUAAUGGCAAAUUUGAUAUACAGUGGAACUUCUGAAUACCAAACCUUCCAAAAACAGGAAACUUCUGAAAAUCAGACGAUUUUCUUGGUCUCGAUUUUUCGCCUAUUUUCUAUAUAUACCAUACUCCUAAAGACUAGAACUUCCAAAUUCUGAACACUGAAUGAUAUUUUCGAAAAAAAAAUGUUUUAUUUCAAUACAAUUUUACUUCCAAAAACCGCACAACACAAACAAAUAGAUAAUUGUUUGAAUGCAAAUCUGUGCAUCUGGAAAAUUUCAUCUGUGAUUCCACUGUUUACCAAUUAGCGGUGACUGAUUUUUUAGCUCGUCUGAUUUUUUGAGAGAAAAAAAUGAUGAGUUACUGUCAUCACUUGAUCAGCGUCGGCGUGACCCAUGUGGUUCUGGGACGAUCUGUGUAUGAAAAGAAUUUGAACCACUGUCUUACCCUUGCAGGAUCGUAAGAGGUGACUAAUAGGGUCUUAACACUUGGUUUUGCUGUAACUCUGUGAUUCCAGCAGGUAUGCAAAUUUUGAUUCCAUACCUCAUGUUUUUAUUUCGAUGUAAAUGAGAUGUGAAACCAAAAUUUGUAGUCCUGUUUGGCGCCAUAUGACCUAUACUGUGUUGGUGCGCCGUAAAACCCAAAUAAAUAAAUAAAUAUGUAGUCGAUACCUGGUUAAGUUUUAUGUUUAGGUUAGCUCUUUUAAACUAUCAAAGCUAUUGCUUUGAAACUUGCAACACUUGUUCACCAUCAUAACUCCAUCCUGCUUUUUGCAAGAAAUAUUGCCCCUUUUGGACUAAGGAAAUCAGAUUUCUUGGUUAAGUUUUAUGUUUAUGUUUAGGUCAGCUUUUCUCCUAAACUAUCAAAGCUAUUGCUUUAAAACUUGCAACACUUGUUCACCAUCAUAAGCUGACCCUGUACAGCAAGAAACAUAACUCCAUCCUGCUUUUUGCAAGAUUUAUGGCCCCUUUUGGACUUAGAAAAUAUCAGAUUUCUUGGUUAAGUUUUAUGUUUAGGUCAACUUUUUCUCUUAAACUAUCAAAGCUAUUGCUUUGAAACUUGCAACACUUGUUCACCAUCAUAAGCUGACCCUGUACGUUUAGAAACAUAACUCCAUCCAGCCUAUUUCAAGAAUUAUUGCCUCUUUUGGACUUAGAAAAUCAGUUUUCUUGGUUGAGUAAUAUGUUUAAGUCUGCCUUUCUCAUAAACUAUCAAAGCUAUUGCUUUAAAACUUGCAACACUUGUUCACCAUCAUAAGCUGACCAUGUACAGCAAGAAACAUAACUCUGUCAUGCUUUUUGCAAGACUUAUGGCCCCUUUUAGACUUAAAAAAUAUCAGAUUUAUUGGUUAAGUUUUAUGUUUAGGUCAGCUUUUCUCCUAAACUAUUCAAGCUAUUGCUUUGAAACUUGCAACAGUUGUUUACCAUCAUAAGCUGACUAUGUACAUCAAGAAACAUAACUCCUUCCUGCUUUUUGCAAGAAUAAUGGCCCUUUUUGGACUUAGAAAAUCAUGGGUAGGACAAUUUUUCUAUUAUACAAAAAAAAAGUCAGAUGAGCGUCAGCACCCGCAAGGCGGUGCUCUUGUUUUUACUUGCUUUAGAAUAACAACCUGUCAAUCUAAGGAUCAAACACCGCCGAAAAUCUUGAUAAUUGAGUAAUGAUCUUUCAUUAAAGAAAUGAUUAGCAGUUUCAAUUUUGAUGUUUACAUCAAACAUCUUCAAGGACUUUUAAUUCUAAUUGCAGUAUCAUUAAAAGCGAGAAUUUAAUUAAAAAAUUAAUUAGUCAGCAUGAAGAUUUAUCUUCGGACAAUGGUUUGAUUUCGUAAUUGGUCAAACAGUUUCUCAAACUUCAAAGCUGGAUGUUAGUAUGUAAAGAAAUUGAGUAAACCUUUUAAAAUCACUGUAUUUUAUGAAAUCUUCAUCAUUUCCGUAUCUAAAAUGAAUAAGCGAAUGUAAAAACACGGUAAAACUGAACUGUCCCUUCAAGACAGAAUUAAAAUAAUUUAGGAGUCUUAACUUGAUCUGGGGCCUCCGUGGCCGAGUGGUUAAGGUCGCUGACUUCAAAUCACUUGCUCUCAUUGAUGUGGGUUCGAGCUUCACUCGGGGCGUUGAAUUCUUCAUGUGAGGAAGCCAUCCAGCUGGCUUACGGAAGGUCAGUGGUUCUACCCAGGUGCCCGCUCGUGAUGAAAUAAUGCAUGGAGGGGCACCUGGGGUCUUCCUCCACCAUUAAAGCUGGAAAGUCGCCAUAUGACCUAUCAUGUGUCGGUGCGACGUUAAAUCCAAAAAAAAAUAAAAAUUAACUUGAUCUAAAUCGCAGAAAAUGGCUUAAAGUAUGCAGUUGUAUUUGUCCAAAACACUUCGUACUUCCAGAUACCAGAAACUUUAAAAAAAAAAAAGGACUUUUCUUCCAGUCCAGGGGAUGUGUGGUUUUCUGAAGUUACACUGUACAUGUAUCUACUUUUGAUAUACCGGUAUAUCGUCAUGAUGGACAAUGUGAGAUUUUACAUUGUGAUUGAGAAUUUCAUUGUAUGUUUUAGUUUUUUUACAUAAGAAAAGUUGUUAAGGAUAACAUGGUGUAAUAGGCCUCAAUUUCAUCAAAAGCGUACAUACAACUUGAUAAUUUAUUAUUUGAAAAUGUCAAACGAUAGAAAUAAGGUGCAUAUUGACAAGUUAUAUAGUGACAGAAGUUCUCAAAAAUUUCCUGUAGAUUACCUCCCCAGAUUAUUUUGGUUUUUCACAAGUUAUCUCCCCUGAAAACUAGAAAAAAAAUGAUUUUCUCCUUUUUCCUAUGGGGAAUUUUAGAUUUCUUUUUGAUAUUUGUAUCAGAAUCAUAUAAUGCAGCUUUCUAUGGCAAAAUUUUCUGGAAACUAAAGUUCAGAUUCUCAUAAUCAAAGAAAUUAUAUAUUUCCCAUAGGCAUCAGUGUUAACUUCAAUACUGAUUAUCUCCCCAAAAAAUGAUAAAAUUUGAAAAAUCUCUCGGUGAAAACUUCUUAAUUUUGAAUGUCUUUAAAGUGACCCAAUUUCAUUUAAGUAUUACCAUCCAGUUACAAUAUAUGAAAUAUGGCUAUUACACCAUGUUAUCCUUAAAUGAUUGUGUGAAAGGUCCAAAGUAUUGUAUGAAUAAGUUUAACAAAAGAUUUAUGAUCUGUCCGAAAUUUUGUGGAUAUUUAGUGUGGUUUCAGUUACCAUAGUUGUGUCUUGAGAUAUCAGUAAAUGAACCAAUUUAAGAGUAUUUUAGAUAAGAGUUUGUGAAUUAGCAAAAAUGUGCAAGUGUCCAAAACUUGUGUGGAUGAGAAAAGGGUUGUAGAAACAGACAAUAUUUUGUGUUAAUGAGAAUGAUGUUGCCUUAAUGGUCCAGAUUGUGUGGUUUAAUUACAAUGUUGUGUAAGUGGCCCUAAUUAUAUGGAUGAUGGAAACUGGUAUAUGGCCAAAAAUGAUAUAUGGAUAUCCCGAAUGGUUGUGUGAAUGGUGCUUGACUAAAAAUAGUGUCUGAUUGGUGGAUGACUGGAAAUGGUAUGUGAUUGGGUAACCAGAAAUAAGAUAUGAUUGGUGAAGAGUUCAUACAAUAUAUCAUGAUAGCAGAUUUAAUCUGUGGAUGUAUGGAUGCUGUUUAAAUGAGGAGUGUAUUGUCCUAGUGUAAUAUAGUUUAUACUGGUAUGAUAUUCAUUUGUUGAAAUCCUUUGAAAAUGUCCAAAUAAUGUUAUACAACUUUAUUCACUUUGAUUCUUGGCUGAUAUUCCUCAACGUUUCAAGUCUGAAACUUAUUAUCUUAUCAUCGUCAAAAAUGUUUAGGUUGCAAGGAAACUUUGCACGACUUCAUUCUGCAACUAAUGUCAUCUCAGCAUGUGAAUACACUACCUAGAGAAAGUAACUGAAAAUUUUAGACAGUGAUGAGUGUUGCCCAAGGGCUGAUAUUCAUCAGUGUUUCAAGUUUGAAAUUAGAAAAUCAGUCUCAUAAUUACAGAAACGUUUACAAUUAUUAGUAGUUUCAUGUGUUCAAUCAGCAAUUUAGUCACUUGGAGUUUAAAGAGAUAAAAAAUUUAGUGUGUAUGUUUCAGAUUUGAAAAGUUGAUGGAUAUUUAUUCUAGUGAUAACACUUUAUUAGAACUCCAUUUUUAUGACCAUAAAGUUAGUGCAAGGCAGUAGACUUCCAUAUUCUAGCAUUUUAUUACAAUUUUUCUCUUCCCCUGUGAAGACUCCGAGUAGUCACAGGGGGGAGGGAGGUGGUUAUAUUUUCGUUUUGAGGGAGAAAAUUUAGUUUGUUUUCUUUUAAUAAAAAAUGAUUUCAAGUCUUCAGGUGUUUACAUAAAUAGAUAUAUUCAAGACUGCCAUUAGAUAUUGGUGAUUUAUCUUGUUAUAAAUUUUUCAGUCUUCGAUAGGUUUGGCACUGAGAAAGUAAGUGAGCCAGUAAAUAUGUGAUUUUAUAUAAAAUACGAGAGGUAGAGAUUUCAAAUGCUUGUGAAUGAAAGAAUAGUAUAAUGACCUUUUCUUUGUACAUUUUGAUUGAUAUGGCCGUCAUGGCCGAGUGGGUAAGGUCGCUGACUUUAAAUCACUUGCCCAAUACUGAUGUGGGUUCAAGCCUCACUGUGGGUGUAUAAUUCUCUUUGUGAGGAAGCUGUCCAGCUGGCUUAUGGGAGGUUGGUGGCUCUACCCAGGUGCCAGACUGAUGAUGACUGGAGGGGCACCUUGGGUCUUCCUCCACUAUCAAAAGCUGAGAAGUCGCCAUAUGACUUAUUAGGCUGCUGUGCUGGCUUAAAGUGAAACCCAACAAAACAAAAAAAAAACAGCUAAACCACUUCAAUCUUGCUUUUGAAGUAAAAACAUUGUAAGUUUACCAGUAUACAUAAAUGGACAAUAAACGUUAAGUAUUUGAAAAUAUUUAGCAGAUGUUUAUUACAAUGUUUAAUGGAUUUUAACAUAUUUUUACCAAUAAUAUGCAUUUUGAAUAUUUACCUCUCUGCUGUUUCCUCAUUCACUAGUUGUUUAUCAAAUUUGUAAAGAAAAAUCAGUUGAGAAAGCCUGUUCUAGAUAGAUUGGUAUGACUGUCUUAUGUACGUGGUGGAAUUUUAUAUGAUGUUAAUUUAUAGUAUAAAUUUUGCAAGCUGCUUGCAGUAAAUGCUGUAUUAUCGUGUUGUAUUAUCAUGUUGAAAAUUGACUAUUAUCAUGUUGUUGUUACUGUAAUAUAUUUGAUACAUGAAAAUUUUAUCCUGAAUUUGUCAUAAAGUGUUCUACAAUACAUGGGUAUGUAAAUAAAAAUGCAUAAAUUUUA